UAGAUUGAAUACAGGCACUGAAAUAUACCAGUACUCCCCUAUAAACGCCCUUGGUGGCAUUAGAUCAAGUUUUCUUCAGUCGGGGCUCUGGGUAACUAUUCAAUCCUCACCACCAAAAUACAAACAACCAUGGGAGUGACUGUGUUACAAAUCUUCCCGGACUCGUCUCGCUCUGGCUGCCUGGAGACGGAGAAACUACACAAGCGAAUCAUGCACUUGGAUGCCGUCCAGUGUGGGAUGUUCACCGUCGACUGUGAUACUUGCUACACCGUAUCCCAGACAGGAAACAACAGGAAACUUCACAUCGUGCAUAACAGUGAGACGCCCACCACCACCUAUGCAAUUCUGGACACGAGCACGAAGCAGAUAACGCUCUCGGCAGACUAUCUCUUUAACCUGCUGCUGCCGCGCCUCGACUUCAUGUACCAGUCGAAAAAGAACCUCAAGAUCGAGUCCAAAGGUGCCAAGUAUGAGAUUGGGGACUUCGUGGUCAAGAUUGGCACGGUGACAAUGAGCGGACACUACAAGGGUAUCCUGGUGGAGGUGGAGUAUCUUCCCUGCCACACGCCCGCUCUGUGUUGGUCACUCAUGAGGGAGUUUAUGCAGAGUUUCAUGGGUUCCUGUGUGAAGCCAACGCCUCCCUCCUACCUGCAGAACCGCUUCCACGACGUCCACACGCCGCAGGACACGGUGCAGCAGUACGUGGAGAAGUUCAACGAGAUACGAGAUGGCACCACCUUCGCCGGCACUCAGACAACGGGCUCCGGGUCCUAAUUCACUGUUAUUUCUCUCUCUCUCUCUCUCUCUCUCUCUCUCUCUCUCUCUCUCUCUCUCUCUCUCUCUCUCUCUCUCUCUCUCUCUCUCUCUCUCUCUCUCUCUCUCC